AUGUUAACGAGGCAUUAUGUUAAAAUCGCAAGUUAUUCAAAAGCGCUUAUUCGCAAUAAUAUUGUAAUAAAUAGAAAAUAUGAAAAUGGUCUUCGUUUACAUAAUUUAAGUAGAAAUAUCCAGUUGACUAGGUCGCUUUCCACUGUUCGUAAUAAAUCCUUAGAUAUAACAACAAAUUCAACUUUAGUAAAAACCCCAAAUACAACUGAAAAUAAAAUGCCUGCAAAGUCACCUGUUUUAUCUUCAGAAGAAGUUCUUGAAAAAUUCAUGGCUAAUCUUAAUACAGAUAUACACCAAAAAAAUAGAGUAUACAGGAAUGAUUUUAUGCGAGUGCUAGUGAAAGUGAAGGAGCUAAAUUUUUCUACAAAGAAACAAGGUUUACUUUUAAUCCGAUGUUGUGGGGAACUGAUGCCAGAUGAGAGUCCACCUUCUAGGAUGGCUUUGGUGGAACAAGUAUGGACUACAAUUAUGCCGCACACCAAAUUUGAAAUUGAACAUUAUAAUGAGUUGCUGAAAGUGUAUAUUGCAAACAACAGAACUUUGACAGCAAGUUCAUUCUUGACAAAGAUGGCCCCCAUUUUACCCACUGAUACUACAUAUGAGCUAAUAUUGAGAGCCCUUGGAGAGGCUGGUGAUUUGAAUCAAGCAACAGAAGUAAUAUCUAAUAUGAAAUCACAAGGAUUGCCAGCAAAUGAACACAUAUUUAAUUCACUGAUUAUUUGUCAAGGAAAACUAAGAAACACCCAAAAUAUUCAAGAGGUGUUAUCCAUGAUGAAAUCUCUGAAAAUAAACCCUACAGUAGACACGUACACGGCAAUAUCAAGAGCCUUAGCCUUUAAUAAGGAAAUGGACGCAAUGAUCGCUAGUAUGUCUCAAGCUAUACGUCUAGGUUUUCGGUUCACUGAGGUUCAUAUUAUGGAAAUUGUCAAAACUUUGUCGGCAGUUGCUUGCUAUGCGCCAAUACCUCAGGUCCUCAAAUAUCUGCCGACAGAAACCUUACGAACACCAUCGAUAUCACCGUACAUGCAGAGUGUUACAACUAUGCUAGUUUUCCAAAAUCAUCCAAUAGCUGCUCUUGAGAUUUACAAGUGUCUACCCUUGCCAUCGUUUGGUCCCAAAGAUGAUAGAGGGUUGCAUGGCCGGAGUCUUGUUAGGGAUUGUGUGAAGGCUGCAAUACCUUCCAGCAUAAUAGGUUUUAUUACUCAGGAUCUGAUGUCAACAGGACGAAAUCCCAUUGCUUUGCAAAAUGCAGCUGAAGCAGCUCUGCAGCUUGGGAAGACACCUCUGGCCCUGGAUAUGUUAACUAGAAUGAAACAGAUAGGCUUGCCUAUAAGGGCGCAUUAUUUCUGGCCAAUUAUGCUGCAUAACGCUAAGACUUACGGCGAGAAAGGUAUUAUCAAUACCCUUGUCACAAUGGUACAAAUGGAUGUGAGCAUCGACUAUGAGACGAUCAUGGAAUACACACUGCCGUUCGUGAGUUUUACAUCUCCACAAAAUUUAAUGAAGAAGUUUCUAGAAGCUGGUCUGUCUAUGUCAACGGUUUUGACACCUAUGAUGGUUACGCUAUUAGUUACGGGACAAGUCCGAGCAGCGUCGGAGCUAUGUGAAUUAUUCCAAGGCAAAGUCGAUGCAGAAAAACUCCUGCAACCUCUUCUGAAGGGCUACUUAAUCAGUGCCGAUGUGAAGUCAACUGUACACGCAUUAGAAGAUAUCACUGCAAAAGCUUCAGACAAGAACAAAGACUGGGUCGGUCGGUUCUUGUGCAAGUUCAUGGAGCAUAAGAAGAUUAAAGAAGAUAUUAGUGAUAUCGUGAAUCUUAUGAAGAGGCUAACAACGACAUCAUUAAGAAUAUCGACCAUCGCAGGCGACUAUUGUAUAUAUCGCUUGCCAGACAAAUAUAAUGGAAAAACUGUGUCCAAGUUUAGAGACUAUGUUAUGGGUCUUACUGAUGAACGUGUCAUUGAUGAUGGUGAUGUGUUUGAUCAACAAAUGUCUGUCCAUCCGAAACAAAUGAAUGAAGAAUCCCUUCGCGCCCAUCUAGUUGAACUGGAAGCCAAGGGAAUGAAUACCAGAGGGGUGCUGAGAAAAUUAUUACAACAGUACUGUAGGGAUGGUAACCUUAAGGCUGCAAGAGAUAUUGCCACGAAGUGUCAGAACGAAGGAAUGUUUCUCUCAGCCGGCAUGAAAGCCGCCAUCUUUGAUCUUCACGUCAAACUUGGCGAACUAGACUUGGCAGAAAUAAUGAUAGCUGAUCUCAAUAAGACAUCCCCCAACUUCAAUUUGGACGAGUUCAAAGUUAUUGACUUUGCAACGCUGAUGGUGUACAAGAAACAGAUCCAGAAGGCCUUUAAUUUAAUUCAUGAGCAGUCUAAAAAACGGAAGGUAAAAGGUGGGAGAAGCAUAACAAUGAACUGCUGGCGAUUACUCGACGCCACAGCGGCCCAGGGGACAGAAAGAAACAUUCGCGACAUGUUCGACCUGCUUAUCAAGUAUAACUACUGCAAGCCCAGCAAUGUGUUACUUGGGCCUCUUGUCAGAGUACACUUGAAAAGUGGGAAUAUCGACGAGGCUGUAGAUAAAUUUGAGCAAUUGGCCGAGGAAUACAGCAAGACGCCAUUAAAACAUGAACUCUUAUGUAAAAUCCUACACAGUAUGGGCGACGGUCACUCUGAGGAUAUCUUCAUAAAUCUCGAAAAGAGUGAUGGAAAGUACAAGAGGCUGGUACAGAGAGUUUUAGAAAUAGAUAGAAGAGUACAUGGGCCAGGAGAUGUACAGUUAACAUUAAUAGCAGCAUUAACCGAUGUAAACUACAAGAAAACUCUCCGCAAAAUGCUCCUAGACCCCAGCUUGAAGUUCCACCCCGACGCGUUGAAGCGUCGUUGCGAACGGUUCGCUGAUGAGAAGAAAACUCAUGCGCUUGAAAACAUCGCCGAGUGCGCGCGGGACCUUAGGCAUAUUGAUGUCGAAGAGAUUUAUGAAUUGAUAUUGGACGUUCACAUACGUAACGACGACUUCGUGUCUGCAAAAGCGCUAUGGAUUCGCAUGCAAGAGGCCGACAUCAUUCCUUCCAAGAAGUUUGUUGACAACCUGUGGGGAUGGUACAAGUCUAGCAACAGAGAUAUUCCCACGGAACUUUCUGUUCUAAUCAACAAACAGGCGAAGAAAGUUACGAAGGGUUAA